UCAUGUUGUUUAAUAUUAGUAUUGAGCUAAAUUUCGGACAAUGAACAUGCUUCCUGCUGUGUUACUUCUAUUAAAUUUCAAUUAUAUUAUAUGCGACACUGAUGGCGGAAAAGCGCCAAGGAUACCAUUGAAUGAUGGCAACUUUAUGCCUGCUAUGGGAUUGGGGACGCUUGUCUUUGACGAAAACGGACACGAAGAAGAAGAAGUGGAGGAACCUGUGACUUGGGCUCUUAAUGCUGGAUACAGAAUGAUUGACACAGCCUCCGGCUACGAAAACGAAGACCAAGUUGGAAGAGCCAUUCUCAAUUCGAAUGUACCCAGGGAACAGGUCUUCAUUGUUACUAAGCUCGGUUUGAAUGAACAAAGAGAUGUUGUACAAUCCUUAAGAGGUUCGCUGAAACGUCUAAACACUUCGUACGUAGAUUUGUAUCUGAUAGCAAAUCCAGUUGCAUUAAAGCCCGACGAUAAUAGCUUUGAUACCGUAGACUAUUUAGACACUUGGAAGGGCAUGGAGGAGGCGAAACGCCUCGGCCUUGCCAAGUCCAUAGGUGUUUCUAACUUCAACAUAAGUCAGAUGGAGCGUCUAUUAUCCAACUGUGAGACACGACCAGCAGUUCUACUGGUUGAAGUAAACCUAAAUUUGGUCCAAAAUGAACUCCAGGAAUUUACAAAAAGAGAAAAUAUCGCUUUAAUGGCGUUCAUGCCAUUUGGUUCGCUCUACGACAAGACUGGUGUACCGCCUCCGCCCAGGAUUGAUGACGCUACAUUGGUGGAACUGGCCAAUAAAUAUAAGAAGACAGUGCCACAAAUAGUGCUACGGUAUUUGGUACAACGAGGUAUUUCACCCAUAACACAGUCAUUCGGUAAAGAGAAAAACGAAAAAAAUAUCGACAUAUUUGAUUUUGAACUGGCCGAGUCGGAUAUGAUUACUUUGAGUCAAUUCAAUAAAAACUAUCGCGUCGUCUUGCCUAGUUUCUGGCAGGAUCAUCCCUAUUAUCCCUUUGAAAGGAAAGAUAAUGCUGAUAAUACUUCGUCAAAAACUCACGCCUAAAUAAAUUGAGAUUUAUUUGUCCAUUCCAAGACGAUUCCUAGCUUUUUAAAGUUUAAAAUAUGUUAAAUUGAGUUAAAUUUUUAUCUGGGAAUUAUUCCGUAUUCAUAUACGACAUUUGAGGAUCCCAUUCUUACAUUUUAAUUAAUAAAUUAUUUAGAAAUAACAAUUUGAUCGACAGGGCAUAUAAUAAA